GGCUGUCGACCACUACUUUCAAUGCCAUCAUGGCGGAUUACAAAGAGGCACCCUUGGCCUCUCGGCCAAGAACAUUAGAUCCAGCGGAAUAUUUUAACCUUUCUCCAGAGUACAGGCGGGCUGAAGAAGAAAGGGCAGCUCUGAGAGCUAACCUGAAGAGGCAGUAUCAGAUACAGCUGAACAAUCCUCUCAGAAAAGAGCUUAUUGAAGAUCCUGCCCUCACUCGUUGGACCUAUGCAAGAACCAACGUAUAUACACACUUCAGACCCACCACUAAAACAUCACUCUUGGGGGCACUGUUUGGAGUGGUACCCCUCUUCUUCUGGUUCGCUGUUUUGAAAACGGACAGGGACAAAAGAGAGGAAAAGAUCAAAGCCGGAACCUAUGACCGAACAUACAAGAUCUCCUCCUGAUCCACACCAUCGAGGUCCAAACAUGUCUCUUAAAUGUGUAUAAAGUCUAUUACUGUCAGAAUAAACGUAAUUAAUUAUUA